GUUGUUGGUUUGGCAGCAAAACAAAGUAGAAUAAGAAAUAUUUCAAAUACAGUUAUGAAAGUAAAGCAGAUCCUUGGCAGAAGCCAGACAUGCGGUCCUUGGACCUGGUUCCACAGCAAUUAGUCCCGAGAAGGAGGAAGCAACUGGCUCCAGGAAAUAUACUGAGACCACACAGAGCUUCCCCCAAGUCUUCAUUGUUGCAUCUUGAUGCUCAGGAGCCUUCAACAGUUUCCCAUUCCACAAUGGCCACUACCAAUAGCAGUGCGGGCAUCCGCUGGUCCAGACAGGAGACACGUACUCUUCUGGCCAUACUGGGUGAGGCAGAGUAUAUUCAGCGCCUCCAGACUGUCCACCAUAAUGCAGAUGUCUAUCAGGCUGUGUCAAAACGAAUGCAUCAGGAAGGUUUCCGCCGCACAGAACGUCAGUGCCGCUCCAAGUUUAAAGUUUUGAAGGCUUUAUAUUUAAAGGCUUAUGUUGCCCAUGCCACCAGUAUGGGUGACCCUCCACACUGCCCAUUUUAUGAUACACUGGAUCAGCUUCUCCGAAAUCAGGUAGUGACUGACCCAGAUAAUUUAAUGGAGGAUGCUGUCUGGACCAAGCAAUGUGAUCAGAACUUAGUAGCCUCUGACCUCCCAGGGGAAGAGGGAAACAGCAACUUGAAGGCAAAGAGGAAUCAGGCAGCAGAUCAUCAAACUAUCUUGAGAGCAGCUAAGGAAUCAGAUGAGAAUUGUCACCUAAGUGUGGGAAUCGGUAACCAGCUGCCUGAAACCGGUGACCUUGAGGAUUCCUGGGAUGAAGCCUCAGGUGCAGGCUGCUCUCAAGCGAUCCCCAGCUACAGCAGCUCCCACAGCCUUUACAGAGGUGCAGUUGCUCCCUGUCAUAGCAGCACUGUGACCAGAGUGGGUGUGUCCUGUGAGCCGGGUCCCUGCGCCAGCACCAGCCGCAACACCCUUGGUAUAGCCUCCACCCAACAGCCCCAAGCCUCUUCCUCUAGAAUCCAUCUUGUUUCUGGUGGGGAUGGGACUUUCACCAACCAACCACCCCCAAGGUGGGCACGGCGUAGAAGGCGUUCAGUGGCGAGGACCAUUGCUGCUGAGUUGGCAGAAAACAGGAGACUGGCACGAGAACUUUCCAAGCGUGAGGAAGAAAAACUGGACAGGCUGAUUGCUAUUGGUGAGGAGGCCAGUGCCCAGCAAGACACGGCCAAUGAGCUCCGCAGGGAUGCUGUAAUUGCAGUCAGACGUUUGGCUACAGCAGUAGAAGAAGCAACUGGUGCUUUUCAGCUAGGACUGGAAAAAUUGCUUCAGAAGUUAAUUUCAAGCACCAAAAGUUAGGGGCCUGUUGUAAGAAAGUUAUUCCCUAAACUAGUAGUAGUAACAUCUGCUUUCUAAUGGCUGCCCUCAAUGUUCCCUGACAUCUUUUCUUGUGCAACUGGCCCUCAGAAAGAGGGAAGAUGAACCAUAUAUUUGUGGAGCAACAGGAGUACAUACACAGGCCAGUUCCUUUCCUGGAAGCCCAUUACUAGUUAAUGGAGGACUCUCCAGAAAUAUGUGGGCCAGCAUGGUAUUUAGAAAAAGUCUGCGGCUGGAAGUCAGGAAGUCUCUAGUCCUGCUUCUGCCCUUGACUUCCCGUGUGUCCCCAAGUUCUUAGGCAAUUUAGAUCAUCUCCCUGUGCAUCGAUAUCCUGCUAUGUACAAAGGGGAAUAAUAAUACCUGUCAUACCUACCUCACAGGGUUGUUGUGAGGCUCAAAUGGAUAGUAGAUGUGAAAGCAUUUAGAAAAGUAUACUGUGUAAAUGUAAGGUAUUAUUCAUAAAUGUGACCUUGGCUGAGGCAAGCCUGGGAUGAGGCACAUCAGAUUGCCAGGUAUAUAAAAAUGCGGUUAUUAGCAGUAACCUCAUUCUUUGAGCCCUGCACCCACCACUUGUUUGUUUGUUUUUUUGUUUUUUUAAUUCUACUUGACUGCUACAUAGAGUGAUUCCUUGCUGUUUUUUUUUAAAUCCCUCUACAAUCAUACAGUGGUUGCAAAUGAUAUGUACCCUUUUGAAUACAUUUUUCACUGCUAUAACUAUAUCACAUCUUGACAUGUAAUACAAACUAUAGCAACCAGAUUAGCUCCUUCCCCAUCCCCCUCUUUUUUUUCAUUCAUCUAGUUCCUAUUGCACCACUAGGGGGGUAGAAUUAAUGACUGACAGGGAACUGCAAUAGUGUGAUGUCAUGUUUCCAUAUUGAUGAAUGAUCUGUGGUGAAAUGAAAUAUUGAAUGUUAUAUAAAGUUUUAAAUGUAAGUAAAUACUUUGCAUUUCAUAUUAUGUAGUUCCUUUAUGUGCAUAAAUAUAUAUUAGUAAUUAAUUUGGUUUGUUACCAUCUGAGCUUUCUAGAAACAAAUGACUUGGAUUGUUAGUUUCCCUGCUCUGCUUCAAGCUGAUUUCAUUUUUCUAGGCUAGCAGCUUUUCUGUCUAGUGUGUGUUAGAGGGCAUGCCUUGGAAAACUUCCCAUCUAGGGAACCUGUUAAAAUCAUACUUUCUCCACUGUUGGUUCACCUAGUUGAAUGGCUAAUAACGUGUGAGACCAAAGCAUAACAUCUCCUGCACCUGUUAGGAAUGGAGUGGAUGGAGACUCUCUUGAACAGAUCACUGUUCUUUUGAAGCACAGACCCUAAAGCAAACCUUUUUGUCCUUGUUUUUAAAUCAUUUCUCUGUAAUACUUAGUAGACCUUGAAUUUCUAUUCAGUGUUCUUCAUUUACAAGAGACCAAAAGAUUGUAAAAACAAAACAAAAAAAUAUUUUGGGGUGGUGUGCCUAUUAUCUCUAAAUUUACUUUCCAAGAGGAAACCAUUGUCUGCAAUCAUUAAACCCAGCUAGAGCUUUUACAUUUUGUGAAUUAAUUUAGGAGAUUAUUUUGUUUGUUAAUCUUUUCAAGGGGGUGGGAGGGAGAAGGAGGUGGUGAUACAUACAAGAGACUUUUUAAAUUGAUGAGGCUUUCCAGAAUUUUAAUUGUCUGUGGCGGGGGAAACAUCUUUUUUUUUUUUUUUUUAAUGUGUGACUUAAGUAUCUGCCUGAAAAUUGGGGGGUGUAAUAGGGGACAGGGACUGUCCAAAACACCACAGAGACAAAAUGAGAACAUUUAGUGCAAGUUUAGCACCUUGGAGAGAUAAUAGACAUGCAGUCUACUAUGAUAAAUGUCAUAUAUUGAGUAAUGAAUGUGGGAGGAAAGCUGGUAUAGUGGAAAGAGCUCUAGAAUAGGAACCAGGAUACUUCAGCUCUAUUCUUGGCUCUUAUCGUUAUAUUGCUUUGUACCCUUGGACACUUAACCUUUCUGUAUCUUCUUCAUCUAGAAAAUGUUAGAGUUGGACUUGAAAAUUUUUUAAAGAUUCUUUCCAGCUCUCAAAAGUUAUGAUUCAAAUGUUAACAAAAAUUAAUGAAAUUUUAGCUUUUGCGGUAAAUAUGUAAUACGUAUCUGAAAAUUUGUUUUAAAUUACUUUUAAAGGGCAGUGAAGGAGGGUUUAAUUUAAUAUUUACUAAGGCACUGAUCUCUUAAAUUCCAUAUAAAAUAUCAAAGAUACCAUCCCUACUUUCAAAGAGUAUAUUAAGGUGGUGAAUUACUCAUUUUUAGACCACUUUUUAAAAAUUCUUUUUGAGAGCCCUCAUGUGGAGGUAUAUAAAUCUAAAGAAGCCAAGAUUAAGUAGGCUUCCCUGGAAGAGAUUGCUUGAUAUAAAGAGCUCAGCCUUUGGCAUGCUAAGCUGUUGGUAGUGAAACAGGGCUAUCAGUGAGAUGCGUAAGAACAUGGGUGGAGAGGUGGAGCUACAACCAUGAGAAAUACUAUCUUGGUUGUACUGACUUGAUGGCCAAGCAGACGAAGUUAGCCAGGUGGUGUAUGUAAAAGGUAUAGGUCUCAGGAGUACUUAGAGAGUAGGCAGAAUAAAGAGGAAUAUGUGUUGAAAGUUAUUGAAGGAGUGAAGAGAAAAUAUGCAGAUAAUCAGGAGAGAAUAGUAUCUUAAAUGGUAAAGGGUGUGACUAGGAGUCAGGUUUUUGCCUGGGUCCUAGUCCCAUCUCAUUACAUAACCAUAGGCAUGUCAUUUCACCACUCAGUGCCUGAGGGUCCUCAUCUGUGAAAGGGGGAUAAACAAUAAUAACCGUCCUACCUCACAGGGCUGUUGUGAGGAUUAUAUGAAAUAAGAAUUUGAAAGUGCUUUAAACACUUAAAGCACUAUAUAACUGUAAAGGAUUGGUGAAGUUGGAGACCCAUAUCACAUCAGUGGUGGUGUAUGCAAAGCCUCUGGGCAAGAACUAUAUAUAUAGGCGAAGCCUAUGGAGAGGGAGGAAGAGAAUCCUAUCCAUCCAUUAAAGGUUGGGGGAGAUGGGCCAGAACUGACUUCCUUUCUGCCUUCCAGAAACCAUGAUGUGCAUGAGGUGCUCGUUGUACCAACCCCCAUAGUCUGUUUUUUUCUGUUUAAUAACUGAAUCCUGAUGUGAACAAAUAAAGUUUUUACUUGUAUACA